AUGUUCCUAAAGCAGUUGGAUCUCACGACGGCGCUCCGGCCCUCCUAUCUGCCAGAUGAGGACCUGCUUUUUGUCCAGGACAAUGUGGGCCUGUACGAAGGGAAAUACAAGCUACUCAACCAGCAGAAGGGACAGGUGUAUCUGACCUCACACCGCGUGUGCUAUGUCGACAAGGCAGACCCGCGAAAAUAUUCGGUGUCGGUGGACCUGAAGGAGGUGGAGCGCUAUGAGUUUUAUGCCGGAUUUCUCAAGUCGUCGGCUAAGAUCACGCUGGUGCCGAAGCCGAGCAGACGGUCAGCGCUGCAUACGCGGCUCAACGGCGGCAGCAGCAGUCCGUCUCGCGGCAGCAAUGGGCCGCAGCAGCAGCGAGUCGAACGGGAUCCGACGCCGAUGGCGGUGGCAACGUGGGUGUGCACGAUCUGCAGCUUCUCGAACCCGCUGCCGUCCAACUUCGACCCGGAGGCGCUGAACGCACAGACGCCACUGCCACCGUGUCUCGCGUGCGGGAUCCAGCCGACGCUGACACACGUACUCAAAGCGGUGAUUGCCAGCGCGUCAAACCGGCCGCAGCUGCCAGUGCGUUCAGCAGCCGACGACAGUGAAUCUUGGGAUGACGUGCUGGCACCGGAGCCGACCAAGGCUGACAGCGGCGACCCAGCCUUUCCGUGUCCGCGGUGCACCUUUCUCAACUAUCCAUCGCUGCUGUCGUGCGAGAUGUGCGGGGCGGCACUGGUGUCGGAGGGGCUGCCGGCCGAGCUGACGCAGCUGCAGCUGUUCCGCGAGGAGUCGCCGGGCCCGUCUGUGGCGGCCAGCUUCUCGACGCAGCCGGGAGCCGACAGCGCGCAGAGCGUCAAGCUGUCGUUCCGGGGCGGUGGCGAGAAGCUGUUCUACGAGCGGCUCAAGGGGGCGAUGGCCCAGCGCAAGUGGCUGCUGCACAACGCGCCACCGGUGCCGAGCCGAAGCCAGGGCAUCGUGGGUGGUGACGGGUUGACGUUGCUGCAGACAGGCAGCGAGCAGCGAGCGCGAGCCAAGGCGGCCGGCAUCGCCGGGCUAGAGAAGCGGGGGCUAGACAUGCGCAAGAACACGGAGCUGGUGAUCGGCAGCGCGUUUGAGGACUUGGAGGCGCUGAUGGCGUCGGCGAAGCAGGUGGUGGCGCUGGCGGAAACGCUGGCGCGACAGUCAUCAUCGGGAUCGUCAUCGGGGACGGGAACGGCAGCCAUGGCGGAUGCCAACAGCGUGCUGGCCGAGUCAGCGAGCCAGCUCGGCCUGGUGACGACCAAGGACAUUGUGGGCGGUGGCGGCAGUGCGCGGGAGUCGCUGUACCUGUCAGAGCUGUCGCGCAACCUGGCUGAGUUCUUGACGGACGACGCGCGAGCGGUCCUGCGACGAGCAGGUGGGAUCCUCACGCUGGUGGACCUGUGGGCCGUGUUCAACCGGGCGCGCGGCGGCGUGGAGCUGGUCAGCCCGAUGGACCUGCUGAAGGCGGCACAGCAAUGGGAGAAGCUGCGGUUGCCAGUGCGUUUGCGCACAUUCCGGAGCGGCGUGAUGGUGGUGCAGAGCCGCGAUCGGACAGACGAGGCGACAGUGAAGGCCUUGGUCGGCUGGCUGCGCGAUCUGCGGGACCAGAGGGAGCAGGAGGACCAGACGGACCAGACGACAACAUCAUGGUACUGGCAGGAGUUUGGACGCGGCGUCAACGCACAGGAGACGGCCCGGCAGUUCGGCUGGAGCAUCGGCGUGGCCGAAGAAGAGCUCGCCAUGGCUGAAGAGCGCGGCGUCCUGUGUCGCGAAGAGGGCAUCAGCGGGCUGCGCUUCUGGGAAAACUUUAUCGACACGGGCGAGUACCGCAGCAAGCGGAAGGCCAAGGCAAGGUCACAUGACGAGGCGGUGCAGAGAGCACUGCGCGAUGCAGGCCUGAUAUAA